AUGUUAACCGUUGUAUGUGUGGAUGAUAAUUGCAAGUGGAUGCUACGUGCUUCUACUGUCAAGCAAUCUGCAAUCUUCAUGAUCCAUAAAUUCAUCAACGUGCACACAUGUUCCCUUGAUUUUCGUCGUAACGCACAUCGGCAUGCCACUAGUUCUGUAUUUGUCGAGCACAUUUUAGGCAAACUGGAUACUCCAGGUCGAUCGUAUGACCCUACCGCUAUUGCACGUGAUAUGAAACGUGAGUUUGGUGUGAAAAUCAGUUACAACAAAGCUUGUAGGGGAAAGCUUCAUGCCUUAACUAUGCUACACGGUACACCGGAAGCCAGUUUUCAGAAAUUAUCUUCAUACUGCCACGUCGUAGGAGAGAGUAACCCGGGGACAGUAACCCACAUAGAACUCGAUUCUCAAAAUAGAUUUCAUUAUUUCUUCCUAACUUUCGGUGCAAGCAUUCGUGGUUACACGCAGUACUUGAGACCCGUUAUUUGUGUUGAUGGCAGUCAUCUGAAGGGUUCAUACAAAGGGACACUUCUACUGGCAACUGCCCAAGAUGGUAACAAACAGAUAUAUCCGUUAGCAUGGGGGAUCGUGGAUGCUGAAACCAAUAAAUCCUGGAAGUGGUUUAUGUCCAACUUGAAAGAGCUUAUAGGGGACUCCGAAGACCUCGUAUUUGUUUUAGACAGAAAAAAGAGCAUUGACAAAGCUAUUACUCAGUUGUUUCCAUUGUCUCACCAUGGUUGUUGUAUCUGGCAUCUCGAAAAGAAUCUCAUAUAG